UUCAUCUCAAUAAUAGAAUGUGAUAGCUGGAAUUUUCAGUUUCUUUUUCGUGUGACAUUUUGAUUUGAAAUGGAGGGAACCUUUCUCUUGAUACUUUUUACUCUUUCUCAAGGUUUGUUCUUGGCUACCAGUUCCAUUCAUCAUCACGAUGCCGACAGUAAUUCAACUUUACAAGAUCCAUGCGUAUCAUUCUCGAUCAUUGACGAAAACUGGAGGUAUUUCAAUAAUACGGUAGAAGAGGAUCAUUGUGAUAAGAAUAUCACCGAAGGCUGGUAUAGAAUGGACAUCAAUGGACGACCUGCUACCAUACCAACUGUUUGCAUAAAGGGACCAGCAUGUGGUGUACGAGUACCGCUUCAUAUCGAGUUCAUCUAUGAUGAACCGCUUCCUGGGCAAAUUGAAGAGGCUUCUAUUUGUGGAUCACAUCAUAUCGAAGGGAAAUGGGAUUGCUGUGUUCUCAGACGAAUGACCCAAGUUAAGCACUGCGAUGGCUUUUAUGUUUACAAAUUGACACCACUAGACCGAUGUAAUGCUGUGUAUUGUGUUAUAGGAGACACAAAUGAUGUAGGACGUUUUACAGUCAAGACUGGAGAAACCGUUCACCCAUCAGAUUAUGGCAUGCAUGGUUUUAGCUACUCUUCACCUACCAAUCCAGAUCAUGACUUACGUGACAAUCAUGACAAUCUCAAUCCUCCAAUCCGGACACGUGACAUUACAUCGGUAUUGGAAGAUCAACCUAUAACUUGUAACGAUGGAUACUUCCCCUGUCGAGACAACAAAGAAUGCUACCACAAUGCCUCCAGAUGCGAUAAUGAGUUCAACUGUAUUGAUCGGUCAGAUGAAAUACACUGUCCACCUGUCAACUAUUGUCCAGAAGGUUCUUACAAGUGUGGCAAUGGUAGAUGUGCAGUAAAAUCAGAAGACUGUCGACAGGCAUCCUAUAGUGAAUUAUCAACCAACAUUAUCAGUCCUUCAACAGCUUACAGUAUCAAUCCUCAAAAAACCAAAACUAUCGAUUCUACAACUUCCCAAAGUGUCAAUCUUGAAACAAUGUUAAGUUUUCAUCCAACAACGGUUAAGCAUUUCGAAGUCCAAACUUCUCACACAACUUAUCUAACAAAUGCCGAGAUAAGAACAAGCAGUUGGGGUACAAAUAUGCAAAGUGGCACACAUAGAACCCCAAAUCAUAGCGAUAGGACUUCUACCCAAGGAAUUUUUCGUACCACAAGACAUACGCCGAUAACUUACACCUUUCCAAUUAGGGGAAACGACCGUCGCGGAUUACAUACAACAGCUAGAACUACUGUUCAGUCUCCAGAGCUUCCAUCUAAUCCUAACAAACUAUCGUCGUCAAAAAUACCAUUGUAUUCAACAUCUAGAAGUGAAGUUCAGUCCUUUAAAAGCUUAAAAACUCAGACUAUAUUAUCAUCAUCACUGUCACAAAACGUGUUGUCUUCCACAGGGACGAAUUCGAGAAAUAUUCAUCCAACUUCAUCAAUUACAUUUCUGCCAACAAAUAUUGCAGUUUUGUCUUUAGAUCAGCCAAUAUUUUCAUCAACACAAAAUGUACCAUCGGGUGAAACUUACAUGGAAAUUAAAAGAAAUUCUCUUUUAGAGUCAUCAACUUCAUCAAUUUUAUUUGGCUCUCCUUUAUCUUCGUCAGCCAAUUCACAUUUUCAACUGCUUCUAUUUGAUAGUUCUAGUUCAAAUGCCGAUGCAUCUUUAAGGACUGAAAAUGAGGCACUAACUUUACUGAAUGCAGCGUCUCAGAAAACUGUAAUUUCAACCACUUCUGGUCAAAAUUCAAAUCAAACAGUUAGUCUAAGCAGCAUACAAACAGAUAACUGGAAUUACUCGAUAUCUGUCGAUAGUUCACUAUUUUCGGAAUCAGCAGAGCGGAAGGAUGUAUCUGACCCAAUAACACCAACAGUUCGUGCACGUAAAUACCAGUCUCGCAUAUCCAAUGGAGACAAUGUACAUUAUCAAACAAAAGACAGCAUGUAUCAGUUAUCCAGUGCUACAUACGCAUCAUCGGUUAUGAAUCAUUUGACGUACGAAGAGAAUGUAGUUUUUUCUGAAAAUAAAAUUCAUACAGAGAGGCACUUUCCAUUGCCUUCGAUUUCUUCAGAAAAGACUUUGUCGCUUGCCAAAUUGCAGUCAUCGUUUUCUUCUCGGAUUUCACAUUUUUCUACAACAUUAACAAAACCUAGUUUAUUUGUACAAAAAAGAAGCAGUUCAACUAUCAGAGAAAGUUCAUUGGACUCUGUUUGGAAUAAUACAACUACAGUUAACUCGACUACCCCGCGUGCAAAAAGUAUAUUUGUAGAAAAUCUUGGACUAUUUAUCAUUAUCAUAGUUAUAAGUGUAGUAUGUAUUGUAUGUGUUAUUUGUGGUUAUAUCUGUAUACGACGGAAAGUACAGUCAAGAAGUUGGACAUGCCGACAAGAGGAGUAUUAUACGAAAUGCGAGAAAGACUUGCUCAUGACGUCACAUCCACGUAAAAGUUUGUUUUUGGAAAACCCUGUUCCUGAUGAAGAUAUCCUUGAUGACGAAAAUCAAAUGACAGAAAAAGAUUCCUUGCGUUUAUCUUUAGAAACAAUUGAUAUAGGUUCAGCAACAACUGCUUCCUUACAUGACAGUAGUGAUGGAUAUGUUAUCCCAAUCAGUGAACUGGAAACUACCGAACAUCCAGAUACAACAGAAGAUACCAAAUUCUAAAAAUUGUGAGAAUAGUGAAAUUGGGAAUGUGUAGAUGAAAAUUACAUAAUUCCAUGAACUAUAAUAGAUCUCUGACAAAUGUUUUAGCCAUAAAAAAAACUGAUGUCUCA